AGACAAAAUCUAAUAAGCACGUUUGCCGUGCAAUAGUUUGCAUAUCUUGGGUUGCUCCUGCUACUGCUCAGUGAGGGUUCCCUCAGAGUGGCGAUUGGAUGGUGGGAGGACCAAUGGGCAGGAGUGGAACAGGUUAUUUGAACUCUCCAAAGUGCUGCUCAACAAAACCAGACAACAUUCUCUGUUACUUUUCAAACAUUUUUCACUCUGUAAUUGGAACUGAAGUCCUGCCACCAUCUUCAGAGAAAAGACGGAGGACUAUUUUCACCAUUUUUGAGUGACUUUCAACUUUAUCCAGAAUGGGAGUCUACUGCAUCUAUUUAUUUCUGUCAAACCUCCGUUGCACCUGUUGAUUUGGGAGAAACCUGCUUGCUUGAGAAUGGACUCGGUUGUGGGGAUGGCAUCUGAUACGCUUCUUCAUUUGGAGGAUGAGCAGAGGAGUAGACUGAACUGUGUCGCUCACAGCAGUUUGGCAAGUGCUCAGAAUGCAGAACUGCUCCCGUACCAGCCGACCACUGAAGACGGCUCCUCCAUCAAGUACAGAAGAUAUGGGUCUCGCUUGGGUGGGGUCAAAGUUCGCCACAAGAGACAAGUGCUGCAGGACAUGGCCCGACCUCUCAAACAUUGGCUGUACAAACACCGGGACAACCCGUAUCCCACCAAGACUGAGAAGGUUCUAUUGGCUCUGGGCUCUCAUAUGACUCUGGUACAGGUGUCAAACUGGUUUGCGAACGCCCGACGAAGACUGAAGAAUACGGUGAGGCAGCCAGACUUGAGCUGGGCCGUAAGGAUCAAACUAUACAAUAAAUACAUCCAGGGAAACGCCGAGAGACUGAGUGUAUGCAGCGAUGACACCAACUCAGAUGAUGACGAGUGUCGCUUACAAACGCCCAUCUGCUCGUCAGACAUGUGUGGGAUGAAGAACCAGGCCGGCGUUCUAACAGUGGCCGACCCGGCCAACGGCGCCUCGCCUCCGUCAAAGUACAAGAGCAGCUUGCUGAAUCGUUACUUGAACGACACCUUGCGGCACAUGAUGGCGGCGGGCAAAGCGGAAGGCGUCGCCCUGAAGAGGAGGAGCCACUCGGAGUCGUUCAGCUCAAACGAGUGCGACCGAGACGCAGUGUCCCCGGCGUCCUCCUAUGACGCGGAGACCAACUUUAUCUACCAAAUGGAGACUUUGGACUAUACAUCAUCGAAAUGUGACAGUGGUCAGCCUCACGAAAGAGCUCAGCAGAGUGAAAACAAGCAAGACUGGCGAGAGAUCAACGCCGCCGUGGCCCUGACCAGCCUGGCCCACGGGCAGAGCUGCAGGAGCAACAGAACGCCGCUCGGCACUGCCGCGGGGCUGAGCUGCCGCAGAGAGCCCCUGUCCAUCACCGGGACCAACAUCCCCCGCAGGAUGCCCGUCACGGUGCCCGCCUCGGCCCUGAGGCAGAGCCGCGGCGCCGAGCGGUCCGCUCUCACCAGCCGCAUCAUCCGGAAGUCGUCCCACAUCUCCGAGGUGCAGACGAUCAAAGUGGGCCUGGCUAACAGCGUGUAGGAAUUCAACGUCACCGUGUGAGAAUAACGGAUGCCUCAAGGCAGCCUCUCAGACUAUUCCUUUGUAAAACUGUAUAUAUACAUAUAUGUAUAUAUAUACACACACACACACACACACAUAUAUAUAUAUAUAUAUAUAUAUAUAUAUAUAUAUAUAUGUGUGUGUGUGUGUAUAUAUAUGUGUGUUUGUAUAUGUGUGUGUAUAUAUAUAUAUAUGUGUAUAUAUAUAUAUAUAUAUAUAUAUACACACACACGCACACACAUAUGGGUGUUUAUUUGAUUACGGGCCUUUUUGUGUCCUUGAUGUUAAAUUUAAAGAAAAAAUCUAUUUAAAUUGAUUUUUUCAAUAACCAGCAGUGGGCGUGCCUAAUUCUUGAUUUUGAUUCUGAUUUCUCAUCAUAUAUACAAAACAUUUCAAAUUCUGUCUUUUAUUUUUGCUAAAAUAUGUGUGUCCCUUAAAGUUGCCACAUUGACCAUUUUCAGAUCAAUAAAGAUUUAUUCAAAAUCUGAUUCUUUAAUUCUCCACGUCAUUUUGUCUUGUCACUCAAGCGCAUGCUCCGGCAAAGAGAAGUCAGACAUUUUCAUAACUGGUUUUUCCUCAUUUGUACCCUUAAGUCACAUAAUAUUUUAAUUGCAUGUCAUUACCAAACGACUUGUAGUGUUAAUAUGUUUAAAGAUUUUCCUGUAAAAACUUGAUAAUCAUAUAAAAUGUUGUACAGGACUAGCUAGCUAAAAGAAAAAAAUUAAGAUAACUCUAGCAGCAUAGCACAGUUAGCUAAAAGCUUUGAAAUGUCAUUACCAUCACAAGAUUAAUCAAUUUUGAAUCAAUAUGCCAUUGUGGCGUUAAUGACAUCUCUCGAGGGUAUCUGACAAAAAGACAAAAUUUAAAAAAAUUAAAAUCUUAAAUCAAUAUAUAUGGACAUGAACAGAUUCUGAGUCACAGAAAGAUGACAAUUAAGGUCAGGUACAUAUAGUUUUUUUUAUGUUAUUUUUGAGAAAAAUGAAAAUCAAAAGUGCCCGAAAUCAAAUAAACACCCAUAUAUAGUCUACAAUGUUUUUGUACCUUUUUUUUUUUACAAUGUUGGUCAUGUAUUGUUAUUGUGUUCUGUUGUAGUAAUUUAACUUCUUUGAGACUGGAUCAUCAUCCAAUGCCAUUAAUUUGUCCGCAACUUUCUAAUAAAGUCAUUGUGAAGUCUCGUCAUCAGUCGUGAUUUACAAGAACCAUUACUUUUACAAUGUUGUUAUCCUUAUAGUACUGCUCCAUCGCAUCAUCUGGAAAACUGUCCCACACCAUACAAAGUUAUUCCAAAUUCAUCACGAAUUUGGAAUCCAUUUUCUCGAAGGAAGUAACGGAAGCAUGUUCAAUGGUCUUCAAACUAGCUCAAAAACCUCUUAAAUUGGGGCUCUCGUACAGAAAGGUACCCUGUACGUGCAUGAGAUCUGGUUUGGUUUAUGCAAAGAUAUAUUUUCUGCAACUGUAUUUAAGUUCCCCGUUAAGAGCAACCUUUAAUUUAAUAAAGUCCUGGUGUAUUACCAAAAAUGAAUGUUCAUUUCCAUGGAAAGUUUCCAACUUCAACAUUGCAAGUUACUUUCCAUAUUAAUAAAUUGCACACUUAACACUAACCCGGUAAUGAAUGCGUGAAGGGAGAUUGCUGCUAGUGGGAGGUGAGUUGACCUCUUGACUAGGCAUCUAUUAUUAUUGUUACCUCUCCCUUUGCGAUCAUUAGUUCCCCUCUGUGGUGGGCUCCCAAUAGAAGUCUUAAGAAAAAGCAAGGACCUUUAGAUGCUCACUGAGCUGAAGUCUCACAAAAUAUGGCGGUGAGAACUCCUAAUUGUACAAACUUCCAUGUUUUCACUCCCCUGAAAUGUAUUGAAACCUGGUUGGGAGCUCGCGUACUUAAGGUUUGUGAUAGCGGCAAUUUGGAGGCUAAAGGUCACGUGAGAGAUCAUCAUGGCUGCCGCGGGAAAUUAGCCACUUUCACUUUAUGUGUCCGAAAAUGAUUAUCUGUUAAAAAUAAACAUAUCUCCUAUCUUUGCUCAUCUAUCAAUAUGUGUCGUGUCGAGGCAGAACAACCAAAUGCUCUUUUCAGUAGAUAAGUUGCAUAAGUUAAAAUAAAUCUGUUACCAUUU